AUGGUCAACGAGAAGUGGCCCAAAAUGCCGUUCGGCCCAUCGCUAGGGACAGACGAAAUGAACUGGGCCUGGGUGUACACAGCGCCCAAGACGUUCAACAACCCCAAAAAGCUUUGGUCCGACUACUGGAUGCGCUACAAGACCGUCGUAAUCUCACUCCAGGGUAUGGAUUUCUAUUUCAAGGACGUCAUGGCCGCCGCCCGGGAGUGUGAGACGCGUGACGAGUUGGAGAAGUUUCUCGAUGCAAAUAUGAACAACGUGUCGAAGAACUCGAGAACGCAAUCCGCGCAAUGCUCAGAACCCUCUUUGGAGAGUUUCGCUCAGAUCUUCUAUGAAGGCAUCCUGCCCGACGCCGGGGCGCGCGGUCCGCCGCCUGCAAACAGAGUUGAGGUCGCUGUCAAGGAUGAGGAUUUAGAAAAUUAUCCGAGCCUUGAAUCGCAGCGGUCGCCCUUGGAAUUUCUUCGUAGCAAUUUGGAUAGUAUUGUGGAAAGAGGCCAUGAUUUCACCUACACGCGGGACAUACACGAGGUUGUCGACGAACAUGAUGUCCAGCCGGCGUGCAAGAGUUUCCAGAUUUUGACGCGAAGCUCCGACGGGAGCUUCGGAAAUGAGAUAAACUCACCAUGUAAAUCGUGA